GUCAUUUCCAUAUUCCAUAGAAAGCUCCGUAAAAUACCCCGUAUACUUAGCCCGCCAAAACUUUCAGGGAAGAGAAAAAGAAAGUAAAAAUGUCACACGAGUUUAAAAUACAUCACUUGACCUCUCAGCUAUUGCAGCUGCUGCAGUUGAGGCAUCUCUCCCCAGAUACUUACAACGACACAUUGAUCAGUCACAUGACACCUUACGUUACCACACAGAUAAGCGUUCACACGUCUCUACGAAAAAUAUCGGAACACUCGUCAAAAAGGGAAGAGUUUUUGCAGCGAUACAGUACUCUCAAAAUAAAGCAACCUCGAGAACUUGACCCUCUAGUUUACCUGCUGGCAAAAUUGACCGAAGAUCCUAAACUAUGCGAUUUCAUACGUAGACGACGCCCCCCGAGCCAGACCCCAAGGGUUCCUGUACAGGUUACAGAUAUUGAGCAGAUUGAUGUUCCAGUGGGUGUGGCCAUACCAGAACUACCACCUCAAGACACUAAAUUGACCCACAGACAAUUGGAACUACUCAAGAACCAGCUCUCAUCCUUUACUUCAAAAAUGGAGGAAGCAGACAAGAAGAAAAAGCAAAGGAAAGAGGGCAGAGUGACGAGGGAAUUUCCCUAUGUUCCUCCAUGGGUGAAAGACCGGGUCUACCUCACUUCUGAUUAUGUGUAUCCUCCCCUACACUCAAAAUUACCCCCUGACCCCCUAGGGGGUCAUCCACUCUCCGCCCAACAGGAAAUAAUAAUGAACGAACUCUUAAACCUAAUGCAAGGCAUUAAUGGGCGCUACCUGUUUGCCAAGCAACUGAAAGAGGAUCAGAAACGAGCCUUUACACUAGACCGUACCUUGGACACCAGCCUACAGUCUUUACUUCACAGACUCCUUCCUCUCUGUACUCACUACUCCUUGAUAUGUCGGUUUAUUGAGGAACACUCUAAAUUCACUCACGGUACAGUCCACCAGGCACUCUCUGCUUCAAUGAGAGGUCUAGUCAGGGAAUAUUUACUGGUCGUCGCUCAACUUGAGACUCAGCUAAAAAGAAAGGAACUGACACUACAAAAGAUAUGGUAUUAUCUUCAACCUUGUAUGCACACACUUGAGCUUCUAGCACACAUUGCAGACACUAUUAGUCGGGCACGUCACUGUCAUGGCGGCCGAACUCUCUCUCUUCUUCACGAUAUCACCAGCAGCCUUUUAGGUGAUAAGGACGGACAUAAACUAUCUCUUUAUGUCACCAAGUGUGCUUGCUCUCCUUUCUUUCGGAUGCUUGAUGAAUGGCUGGUCAAAGGAGAGGUCAGUGAUCCUUAUGGUGAGUUCAUGAUCAGUGAAGACAGAGAGAUAGACACUCUCAGUCUACGAGAAGAGUACAAUGAUUAUUACUGGGAGAGGCGCUAUACGGCUUCGCAAGAAAACCUCCCUGUCUUUCUCGAAGUUGUAGCCGAAAAGAUACUUCAAACCGGGAAAUACUUAAACGUUGUUCGUACCUGUGGCCAAGACAUCGAGUCUCUUGCCAACCUCCCCUCAUCUGAACCCCCUGCCCAGUUAGAGUACAAUCCUAAUGAGAGGUAUUACAUAGAGCGUAUUGGAGUUGCUUAUGGUCGGGCUAGCUCUCAAGUCCUCAAGCUACUAAUAACUGACAAUCACUUGCUACAACACCUGACCUCCAUUAAGCAUUACUUCCUCAUUGAUCAAGGUGACCUUUUCGUUCAUUUCAUGGACAUUGCAGAGGACGAGUUGCAGAAACCCGUCAGUAUGAUACCUCUCUCUCGGCUUGAGUCCCUCAUGGAGUUAGCUCUUAGGACAAGCAUUGCUAACUCUGAUCCUUACAAAGAUAAUCUCAGUAUCAAGCUCGAGCCGUAUAACUUGAAAAUGUUUUUGCGUCAUGUUAUAUCAGUACAGCCAGAACAGGUUGAGCAUGGGAUAUCCCCACCUCUUGUGACACGCCCACCUUCUUCUACUGCUCUACCAGGUUACGAGUGUGUUAGUUUAGACUAUGAGGUAAAAUGGCCGCUCUCUCUUGUACUCAAUCGUCGCUCCAUCACUCGCUAUCAGUUACUGUUUAGGCACCUUUUCUUCUGCAAGUAUGUGGAGAGAGAGCUGACACUGGCUUGGAAAGAUAACAAGAAUAAGCAGAGAUCACCAACAGCCAUUACACCCGGUGGUGUGGCAUCAUUCGCUCUUCUCCAAAGAAUGCUCAAUUUUGUCCAAGGGUUACAGUAUUACAUGUGCUAUGAGGUGCUGGAGCCAAACUGCCGUCACUUGGAGAGUAAACUAGCCCGUGUUGUCACUAUUGAUGAAGUAUUAGCCCUUCAUACUGAUUUCCUUGAUCGCUGUCUUAAAGAUUGUCUCCUAACAAAUAGAGAGGUUGUUGAGCUCACCAAUCACUUACUGCAGUGCUCUCUCACUUAUGGAAACUUCAUGCAGGAGUUAUCUUCUAAUGCAAUAUCUAACGAUGUCCUUCCAGAGGUUGCAAAGUAUGAGAGAAAUUUCACUCGUGAUCUCUCGUCUCUGUUAAGUAUACUCAAUGAAAUGUCAAAGGUUGAAUCAGAGAGAGCCUGGAGCCACAUGAUCACAAGAUUAGACUAUAACAGCUUCUACACUGUUGCAUAGAAACACUCAUUGUCUUUGAUUUGUUGUUAUAGCUAGUAUACUGAGGUGUACUGUGUUAUACUGAGAUAAUAAUUAAAUUAA